GCAAACAGUGAAUCAUUGCAUUGCUCCUUCCUGUUACGAAAUCCUUGGCUUCAACUUACCAGAUCAUCAAAAGUAACAAGCAACACCAAACUAAAAAUCUACUCAGGUAACUCUUAAGCUAUCACGCUACGAUAUACUUCUUUCACAAUGUCAGACAAAACUUACGAACAAAUCGUGCUUAUUCUUCAAGCAACUCCUUACUACUUGGAGCUUGAACAAAUCGAAAAAGACCACCAAGCCACCGUCCAACCUAUUCUCCAUCAAACAAGCGAAUUACUACGUGCAUUCCGAAAAGAAACUCGAGCUGGUAAUGCAAAUGGCGCACAAGAGUUUCAAUAUACUCUCGACCAGAAUGUCAAGAUUAUAGUGGAUACCUACCAGCGGAAUAAGAGGGAAUGGAGCAAAGUUAUGGCAAGAUUGGGAGAGGAUAUCGGUGGGCUUUUGGGAGAGACUUUAAUAGAAGUAGUAAAGGGAAUGAAUAAGAGAGAGACAUCGUCUGCGGGAAGUGAUAUGAAUUUGCAAAGGGUGCUCAUUCAGGUUGCAAGAAGGAUGCAUUCUGAGGAAUGAGCCGAUCAUCUCAUUUUGAAGAAAUGGCAGGAAAUUUGACGGUCUUUACAGAGGCCCGGGAACGAAGCUGUUAAAUAUGUUCAAGUUAUUUUCAACAAUGAAAGCAUUUCUUACA